AUGGCACUGGCACUUCCUCCGUGCCCCGAAUGCAAAAGCACCGCAAGCCUCGUUGCGCUGGACACUGCCUAUUAUUGCCGUGCCUGUUCGAUUUCAAGGUGUCUCAGUUGUCACAACAUGUGGAAUGCAGACCACAGGUGUGCUACCUCAGUGGCCUUGUCCAAGUCCUGGGAAGGCUUCAAGGACUUGGCGGAAUUCGAGAUUCAGCUAAAGCCCAUGGGUUUCAAGAGAUGUCCGGCUUGCCAGUAUCCGUGCGAAAAGGAAGACCCUGCUUCUUGUGAUCAUAUCACAUGUGAGUGUGGCCACGAAUUCUGUUGGCUUUGUGGUGAAGAUCGAAGAGUGAUCUAUGCCCAUGACAACAGCUAUCACCACCCCAGCUGCAAGUUCUACAUACCAUGUGACGAGAAGCCCAAGCUGGAGAAGAAGUGCCCCAGAUGCAAAGAGACCGGAGUCCCGUGCAUGCGGCCCUCCGAGCGGGAAGCAGCAAAGAAAACCAAUCAGCAGAAAGAGGCUUUGGGCCUCUACGUCAAGAAUUGGAGAAAGACGGAUGAAAACGACGCCGCCUUAGUGUCCGAGAAGACAGAGGCUGUCCCGAGAUCAGCCAAUCCAUUUGGAAUGGAAGUGUUCUCUCAGAUGUUUUGCGGUGGCCCCCUUGCAUCCUGCUGCCGUGUUCUUGGAACUGAUUCGAUCAAGAGGUAA